AUGUCUACCGGACAAAAUCAGUACGGAUUCGAGUCGCUCGCCGACGGUGUCGUUCGCGUCUGCGGCUUCUGUCAACUCGAGCACCCUAACGAGUUCGACUGUCUUGCUGCCAUGCUUGACGAAAGUAUCCCUGAAGCUGACUUCGAGCCUGCCGAGCCGGACAUUGACGACCUCACUAAUGACGAAUUGGCGCACGUAAUGUCUACAAUGGGGCAAGAGGUUUCUGCAUGGAGAGCGCAACAAAACUUCGCCUUCGAAGAAGCUCGCGGCGGUGUGGAGGCCCACGGGGAGAACAAUAUGCUGAGCACUGGUGGUAUCGCAAUUGAGAACGUCCCAGACGGCAAUGAACUCUACUUGGAAGCUUCUAUGCCUCAAGGUGCCCCGUACAAUCCAGGUCGCUAUGGAACGCCUCCCUACUACAGCACUGCCGGCGACUCGAACCUUGGGGGAGAUUUUGAGCCUUAUUAUGAUCUUCCACUCGAGUCAAAUGUAAGCUACGCCGCGCCUGUUACGCCUAAGGUGGCUUUGAUGCCUGGAAAAGCCGCCGCUGAGCAUACUGCGAGCGGCAUCGGAGCUAUGCCUCCCGACAAUGGGUCCACACCGCCACGCAUCAAUCAUCGAAUGAAUGACGUGGAGCGCGAGACCAUGUCCAAGCUAUCUCAUCAAGAUCUCUCGCGAUCCGUCGAUCCUCCAACCAAGGAGCCAUUCGUGUCGUCCAACAAUCCAGAGGGUUCUGUGAAGAGAAAGCUCGAGCAGGACUCUCGUGCUGUAUUCCAGACCUUCGAUGAAGAUGGAACGGUUGCUACUACAGCUAUGGCGCCCGGCGAGUUCAACAUGCCGCGCGACUCUCUAGCUGCAGGCGAGCCCACAACGGUGAAGCCGACAGUCUCUGAAAUUGUCCAGUCAACAAAGAGCCUCAAUCGGCCUAACAAAGAGAGAAAGCGCAAAGCUCAUUCGACAGCAACUUCCGCUAAGGCGCUUUCAUCGACUACGGCUGCCACAGAUCCCCCUGAUGCGGCAUCACUAGCAACAGCUCCACAAGCUACUGCAUCUGCCGAUACCAACGAAGCCCCGGACGCUUCCUCUGCUGCCGAUUCUGAGUUCUUUAGCACAAUCAAAGAAGCUGAAUACUGGUUUCAACUUAACCGAGAGCCUAAAGGGAAGCCCGACAUUGACGGUGACGACUAUGAAACUUUUGGAGAGUGCCAAAUCUUGGGAAAGGCGCGAGAUUUGUUUCAAAUGCUGGAAACCGCUCAUGGCCCCCCAAAGGAGGAAUAG